AAGAUGAUGUAGGGGGCGGAGCUGCCAGUACCUUGUACAUUGAUAAGAUUAGGAAAACGAUGGGCAUGCUAAGACAGCAGGAGGACGUAAUCCUGAGCAGCUUUCUUUCUCAGCAGCAUGGCGUCACAAGAACACGCAGGGAUGCUGGUCAUGAUCAGGUCCAUGACACAUGCCACACCUCCACCUUGGCUGCAGCUGGGGGCCGCGGAUGUGACCACCAAACCAAGGCGCACUCAUCAUUGUCACAAAUACUGCGUUCGACAUCGAGUUCUGGAUCGCAUGGAGGUUCGCACUCAAAACCAUCUCCCGCUGCACGUCAUCACCGUGUGCUGCAAAGUGAUAGUACUACCUAUGCAUUGCAAAAGUACCGUACUCGUAUAAGUGCGAGUCUAGCAUUACAGAUCUGCUUUCUUACCUGAAACUGCAUGACAAAUUUCAUUUUUCUUCUACGAAAAAUUUGUCAUGCAAUAGAAACUCAUACUAGUACGAUACUUUUGCAUUGCAUACUACCGGCGCAGAAACGAUUGGAAGGCCCUCACCGAGGAAGAGGAGAAAGGUUGAGCUCAAUGGCAAGGUGCAGCUCGAAGUUCGUCACGCUGGCGAAGGCAAGAGCAACAAACCACCCAAAUCCGAGUCGUCGGCAAGUGCGUCCCCAGGUGGACGAGGCUCUGCCUCCUUGUCUUCGUUUGUAAAUGAUGGCGGUAAAAAGACCGACACUCCUUCUCCUGGUGGCGAUGACGCAGAUGUUGCGGAUGAGAAAGAGAAGCCAGCCCUGACUACAAAAGAAGACCUUUUUGUGCCCCCGGCCGCCGGGGAGCGCCUCGUCGACUACGUACACACUUUGCGCGGCAAAUUCUCCAAGUUUGUGCAAGAGGAGACCGGGAAAAAUUUCGACAAUUUCAGCAGCAACGAGCGGAAAGACGUGGUGCCUGUAUUCCAGAAGCUGCAACAGCUGUUGGCAGUACAGCAAUGGUCUGCCAGCGGGAGCGGGCCAGCGGGAAAAGAACUGGCGACCCAGCAAGCCGCCGCUCACCGCCGGGCACUUGACUCCGCGAAGCUCGAGUCGUGGAACGCGAGAAUGAAGAAACAAGCGCAGUACCGCUCCGAGCAGUACGAGUCUCGCAUGAACUUGAUCGAAAAAGACAAAAGAGAAAACCGUGCUGGUAUCUGCGAGUCAAUAGAGGCGCCUGCUGACGAUAAUAGCAAUGCUGGCGCAGGUGGUGGGACGGGGGCAUCGGUAGACGGAGCAGGAGCAGAGCCAUCAAAACCGGAAAAGCCCGAUGCUUGUCACGCGAUCAAGACCAGACAGGGCUGUGCGGUAAAGAAAGCCAGCUGUGUUUGGAAAGAAAGUACAACGGCGGGUGCAUGUAACCAGAACAAGCCAGGGGGUGCCGUCGAUCUGGAAUAUUGCAAACAAUUUGAGCUGGAGUCUGGCACCGGGACCAAAGAGCGGUGCGAGUGGGGUAACAACAAAAAUCGCUGUACCUUUGUCCCCCACGAGGACAACAUUGUUGACGCAGAACAAGAAGCUCCAGGCGUUGAAGGCAAGAAGGACGCAAGCACACCCACGGUAGAAGGCGGUAAUCCUAGUCCACACGAGGGGGGACAGGAGCAGCCGGCGGGACUGGACGCUCAGUCGGAACAGAUGAACACGAAAAAAGCUGCCUCUGCCGACGCAACGACGAAGGCGAAGAACAUUAAACGGGACAAGCAGGAGCCAGAGGGCUUCUGUUACAGCAAAUCACGAGACGACGUGGAGUUCUGCGGACGCUUGACGGCUGCUGACGACUGCAAUUAUCACAGUAAAAGUUGUGAAUGGGUUCCGACAGAACCCGUAGUUGAGGCGAAGUCGAAGAAACCUCCCCCACUAUCUCCAGUCAAAGAGGACAAGGCGGUGGAGCCGCCCGUCGUUGGGCAAAGCGACAACGCUAAUGCCGGCGGGACACAAGAACAGCAAGUGAGGGAGCCACUGUUCGCAGACGCGGCCCUGAAAGAGCCAAGGCCCUUCGGGUUGGAUGCGCUACCGGUGUUGCCAAGAGCGGAAGAGGUUCAGCCCGAGCCGGAAGUGGCGAGCGAGACCACAGGUCCGGGAGUGUGUAAAUUUAACGACGUCGACGACGCGGGCGCCGUUGAAGAGUGUAAAACGCAUGAAGAUGAACUUGACUGCGUCGGCGACACACGUUGUACCUGGGACACGCAGCCACACCAAGAACUCCCCGAGGGUGUUUGCGCCCCGGCAGCGGACAACGGGGCUGAGACUGCAGCGGCCGACUGUGCGAAGCACGAAUCCGAAGCGGCUUGCAAUGCGGAAGCGAAUGACCACGCUUGUCACUGGGAAACUCGAGUAGAACGAACACAGCCCCCGGCUCUUCGAUCAGGGGAGCACGACCAGCACCAGAGUGGCUUUUGUAAGGCCGAGGACCCGCGAAAUUUCGAAGACGUCGUUGCGUGCAGCUUUCACAACGCCGUGCCCAACGCGACGAAACAAGCCGAUCGACACAAGCUUUGCGAUGAGGAUCCGAUCUGCAAGUGGCAGAAAAUUUCGGCAAAUGCCGAGGACGAAGUCGUGGAGGAGACCCAAUCGCAAGGGGAAAGCGGAAUUUGUGAAGCAGAUCCCGAGUAUCUGAACCUGGAACACAAGUGCGUCACGACGGAGGUGAAAGCCGACCUUGUGGUACAGUGCGCAGCCAUGCGAACGAAGCAGACCUGCAACGAUCACCGGUACAACUACACCGAGGGGUCUCCGCGGACCUGCAUUUGGAAAGACCUGCCGCCCGGGCCCGGGUCCUGGCGCUGCAGUGCGUUGAAGGACCCGAUGCGGCCGCUGCCUCUGGACGCCACGCCGCAACAGGUCCUGACGCGCUACUCGCAGGAUCUGGUGCAAGAACUGGAACAGCUAAGCAAGAUCACGGAUUGCGGCAUCCAAAAACUGGAACACGAACAAGAAAAAAUUCUGGUCGGAGAAGUCCCGGACGCGGUAAGCUUGUGCCUGAAUGAUUUUUUUCUUUGAAAUCAAUUUAUGCACAUUCGUUCCACGCACGAAGAGAUAUUGAAAGAAAAAAGUUCGUCACAGUCACUAAUUUUCAUUUUUUGAAAAAAAAUCAGGGCAAAUUGAAAAUUUGACUUGAUGGCCGAAAAAGCAACCAGCUUAAAAACUUCAGGCCUCGCGCGGCAUGCUGAAGCCACGGCCUGGCUGCGUUUUGCGUGCCCGGGUUGUCUUAGCUCACUGAAGCUUACCCACUGCGCGGCCCCACAGCCUUUGACAGGGAAGGACACCUACCAGGAAAGGGGGCAGAGCGCGUGUCUUCGAUUACACGGACCUAGCGCGCAAGUGGUCGCGCAGCGCCUCCAUGGCCUUCCACUUCUCCCUUGAUAAAGCAGGCCGCCUUCGUUCCGUUGAACAUCUAAAAGGCCGCCACAAGGCCGGCCUGCAAAAGUGAUUGGGCCUGGUUACAUCUGUCCAGACCUCUUUUGGCAUUGGGCAGACCGCCCAAAAUUUCAAAAAAGCGGCGACAGCUUUUUUUUUUCAAAAGUUGCCUUUUGAACAUUCGUUCGCGCAGUCACUCGGCCUAGUUUUUUUCGGUCGCUCGAGUUUUUUUUCGACCCCCGCCGAAACGAAAAAUUGGCCGAGUGACGAACUUUUUUGGCGAAUAUGAUUUGGCUUUCCCGCACCUAAAAUGCCGCUUUUUGGAAAUUGAAGCGCUUCGUCACUCGGAGCUUUUUUCACAAAAAAAGGCUCCGCUUUUUUGUCGUUUUUGUUCUGUUUCAAAACAAUUUUUUGACCUGUUUUUCUCCGAGUGACUAUGGCGCGCAAGAAUCAAAAUUCCAAUUUUCGGCUUCAUGCAGUCGGAAAGAUUUGCGGUUUUUGCGCAUUUGCGUAAGUUGCUUCUGCCUUUAGGCAAGGUAGUCGACUGCCCUAGUCCGCCCAGUGACAUGUGCCGCACUCAGCCCCGUGUUUUGGGUAUUUCGUUAGAGGGGCGCGCGUAAAUGCGUUGCCGCUCAUCGCUGGCACAUAUUUUGCAAAAGUUCUUGGCGCAGUAGCUGCGCUAAGAAUUUUUUGCGUAGCCAGGAAGGCGUAGGAGCUCUUGCGGAGGCAUGUGUGCUUCAGCGCGUCUGCCCCGGAAAUGGCUGGAAUUUAGCUCCGUCAAGCCGUCGAGACUAGUUCUGCAAAAUACAAGGCCCUUGCAGUCGAAGGGGAAAAGGUCGCGCGUUUCCUCCACAUCAGAAGAUUUCUUCUUUUUCACCUUUCAAUUUUUCGAAAAAUGAAAAAUUGUGACUGUGGCGAACUUUUUUCUUUCGAUAAGAGAGGCGAAAUGACUAGUAUGAGAGCAAGAUGAAUAAAGCUGUUUUGUGAGAAUGACGAAUGAGUGCUCUCUGACGCUGCAUAAUAUUCGUCUGGGUGAGUGUCCUAGCAGUUAAUAACCAGGCAUCGACAAAAUAGAUUCCUCCUUCACGACUUCAUCAAACAAACACACAGAACAUGCACGUAUCGAAGGUGGUUCGGGACGGAUUGGCCAUGCGCAUUGACGCCCUUCUCAGGUGAGCCGGCUCCGCGGCUGCGCCGGGCGUGACAUGCGCUUCGUCGCCGGGUGAAAUUUAUAUGCGGCGGCGCUGCUUUUGUUCUCUCUUGGCAGGCGCUAGGCCGGGGCCCUGUGUGAUGGCAUAGCGAGUGUUUAUCGCGGUCCGUGCCUGCGCCGACUAUGAGAGAGAGAGAGACGCCGCAGCUGCCGCGGCCGCGCAGCAAGGUGCUUCGGCGUCUUCAUGUUGAAGCGUGGGCGCGAAAGUCGCGCCGCGUUCUUUCUCUUCACCAAACUGCGUCGUGCCGUCGGUGCAAAUUAAGAACCGACGGCAGGGCCUCCGUUGCUUGUUGCAUGCUAGUAAGUAUCGGAGCCGCUUCUCCGCCGGCGCCCGUGUAUUUGCUGCCCUUGGUGGCACGCAAAUAAAAGCCAGCCGUCAUCGGAUUUAAGUGAGCCGGGCCCCCGGCCCGUCGAUGCCUCGACGCCUUCGCGGCAGGCGGGCAAGGCCGAGGCACAGAGCUGGGCUCGCACCACGCGGCGGAUGACAGUCCAAACGAACCUGCUCUACGCUAUGGCCCCGACCCUCUUCAAGUGUCGCGCUCCGGCCGAGGCAAGAGCGCUCGACGGCCAAAACGCGCGGGCGCUCGUGGCCAGGUGGGAAGAGUGGUUUCAUGCGUCCAGCAACAAUGAAAACGAAGCACCUGCGGCCCCCAAAGCGCCCGGCCAUUGUCGGCCUUUCCCAUCUUCAGCACUGCUCGCAUAAUGUGCGCAGUUAACAGUGUCACACCCUGCGAAAAGCUGCGCCAUUUCUUCGGUCCGUAAAAAAAGAAAACCCGUUCCGCGAGGGUGUGCUGCGAUUUUUCUUUGGUAGAUGAUCACUGUCGGCGAUCACCGUUUCUCCUUCUAUACAGAACAAGCACGUAUCGAAGAUGGUUCGGGACGGAUUGGCCAUGCGCAUUGACGAUUGGUACCGACGCACCAAGAUUAGACUGGAUACCAAUGCGCCGGACUUCCAGAGCCAGAACGCGUUGCUACAGAAACGACGGGACCGCAAGAAGCGCUGGGCAGAGAUGAUGCUUGGAGAGGACCUGGACGUGAAAAACAAAACUCGCAUGGUGCACUUCAACGAUGAGGCGCGAAAGGCCCUACAGAAUGCUCAUCUACGACCCUUCAUGCACGCACUGGCGCACAAGUCCCUGCCCGACGACUUUCCCGCUCUGUUGGCCAAAACGCACAAGCAAGUCACGCAUACCAGUCUGUCCGAUCAGGACGACGGUGCGCCCCUUCGUUGCGACGAAAAGGAAGACGACGAGGAAGGAGCCGGUACCAAUGCAAAUACUCCAAAACCAAGUACUACUGGCUCCGCUGCAGCGACGGUACAGAGCGGUGGAGAUGGAGAUGACAGUAAUACGACUGCGCCAGCUGCAGAAGAAGAUCCUGUGGUGCCCAUGACAGCCGCUCAAGCGGACGACGCGGAGCAAAGGCUGCUUCGACCGGAACUCGAGGCACGGUGGCGGCGUUUGAGUGGGUGGAACCUGAAGUUCAACAUGCAAACAAGAUGCGGUGUGGACCUGAAAGUGUUGCAAAGGAGUCUUGAUGUGGAAACUUUAGAGGAUCCUAUGCGACCGCCGCACAUUCCGCAAUGGGAAGUCGACGAGCAUGGGCGAGUGCUGGAAAAGCAGCAGGAGCUUACCGCCGGACAGCACGUGGCGCGGGAGCCUACCGAGCUGUUCGAGUGCGCUCCCAGGUUUAGGCACGCCGCAGAUCAGGAAAUCUGCGACAAUGCCAUGGCUGCGGAAAGAGGAAAUGGCGAGCCCUGCGGAUUUCAGUGCAAGGAGCAGAAAUGCAAAACCCAGCACGAUGCAUUGGAUCAGCCGUUGUGCGAGUGGCGCAAGGUGACCGCGUUAAGCCCCGUGCGCCCGCCGGACCAAGGGAAGUGUUUGCCAAAACCAAGCGUCGUUGCUGCGCUGGAGAAAAUGAAGCAGCCACCUAUCGAUGGGGCAGCGGAGGGAACCACAGCAGAAAAGGACAUCGAGCCGGCGACCUCGGACCCGUCGGUGCUGGAGCGCCUAAAGCUGCAGGCAAAAGCAGCUCUCACGGGCGCAGCUUCACUGGUCACGGGAGGUAACACGGCAGGUGCAGAGGACGCAGAUACUCCUGCAGUGGCCGCGACAAGCACCUCGCAAACCGCAAGCGGUGUGUGUUUCCCGCUGGACGCCACGAAUGCAGACGACGUCGCGCUUUGCGAAGCAAAAGUGGCGCAGAGUGGGUGUGAUGCGGAAAGCACAAAAUGCGGCUGGAAGUCGUUUUCCAACUUGCGCACCGGGACUUGCACCGCCGCGGAUGACAUCGGCCAGAGCAUUUGCCGGCGGCUGAACCAGGAAGCGCGGUGCGUCGGAGCCGCUGAUGCGCUCGGGGUCGAGUGUAACUGGGAGGGAGGUGGCUUGGACUCGGACCAAGUCGCGCCCGCAGAAGGCACGGCACCAACUGGCAUGUGUGUUUCCAAAAAUAGAAUUGAGCAGGUGGAUGAAGACGUUCCGCAACAAACCGGUGGUGGUUCUACGGUAAAAACGGUGCGUCGUAUCACAACGAAAAAGAAUCGUAACGGGAAGAGUACACUAACGAUGAAAACGAACACGAAAGUCGUGGGUCGCGACCAGCCAACAUCUUCUGCGACAAAAAUAUCCACUUCGGAUCGCCAUGCGGGUCCGCCGUGUCACCGCCGCAAGAGCAAAAGCGAUUGCCUUGCACCAAAGCCAAUUGCCGCCGAGCCUCUGAAAGACAAUGAUAAACAGGACGCGGGAACGAGUGGAGGUGGGGACGGCACGGAAGAUCAAUCACAGGAAGCUUCAUCGAGCAAGAAAGACGACGAAUCUACAAAGGCGAACGCGGUGGGAGGUAGUGGGAGCGACCCCAAACAUGGUGACCAAGAGCAAGCAGAAACAGAGGAAGAUGAAGAGCCACCAGCACCAGAUGACGAGAUUGCGGAGCCGGAGGAAUGCGGGUGGAUUGCGUUCGAGAAACCGAAAGCCUCGUGCGUCUUGAAGAAACCGUCCUCAAGCUCGGAGGCCGAGGCGGCGGCGUGCCACUCCGAGGAUUUCGAAAACGAGAACACUUGUGUCGCAAAUCCAGCAUGCGCGUGGCGAACCGGCGAGAAACCCGACGGGGUUUGCGUCUACAGUGCCACUGUAGAGCCGGCAGUAGAAGCUGGCACGCCCGGUCAAGCUCAAAAAGGGACAACGGACGCUGACGGAAAUUCUACUCUGACGGGUGACGAGGAACAAGCGAGUGCGAGCGCGCGAGCCGAGAAGAACACAUUCUGCCUGGCAAAUGGCGACUCCCAGGCGACCUGCGGCAACUUGGCUGCAUCCAACGGGUGCGGCUGGGUGCAAUUUGACCGCGCACCGCUGGAGCGGGAUCCGCCGCCCCCGCCCCCCGAGGAGCAACUGCGCACGCUGCAGAAAGUCUGCAAAAAACAUCCGAGCGCCGCUCUCUGCGGAAAGGAUUUGGAAUCAAAGGAUUGCGCUUGGGAACCACAAGCGCCUACCCAUGAGUGCACAGGAGAGCCAAAGUACUGCCCGUCCCUGGACGAAAAGCACGCUUGCCAGGCUGAUCCCAAGUGCUCUUGGAAAAAGGCCGCAGCGCCGGAAGUGCAAGAAGGGAAAACGGGUGGAGAUGCCGAGGUGGAUGAAAACAAGACCAGUCCAAAUCCGGAAGACAAGGCACACGCGGAGAAGGAGGACAAAAACGUCGAUGACAGCACCGACGGGGCUGCCGCUACUAAAGAAGGUAGCAAAAAGGUGCAGCAGCAGCAAAAUGGUGCGGCAAACGGCGAUGCUGAUGACGCAACACCAACCAACGCGGCGUCCACGCCCUACGAAAUCGUCCCAGUGCCCCGACCUGGUGGCAUUUGCAUGUCCGUGGAUCCGGUCGCGAUUGAGCGGCACGACUUGAAGGCGUGCGGUCCAAAACUUGCACAUCACCAUCCAGAGGGCGCGGCGGCGUCGGCGGGCGGGAAUGGGUUGGAAGUCGAGAAUCUACAUCAAGAACAGGCAGAUCCUAGCACCGAGAAACAGGUUCAGGAAGGUGGUGCAGAUGAACCAGAACCAGCUAGCGGCAGCGGUACCAGCACAGAAGCAGGGGAAGGAGUAAAGACUGAUGGAGCUGCUACGGCAAGUAGUACUCCAGCAGCAACAAAGCCACAAGCCCCUAAAACACCAGUCAGUCGCGACACAGUCUGCGAGACCCUGGUGAAUUCCCAGGAUUGUGGUAGGGCCGAAGACGCAGGCGCCGGCUGUAUGUGGUACCAGCGUCAACGCGAAACGCCAGAACGCCUGCAGCGCUGGGUGACCGAGGAACUCGGGCGCUUCGAAAAAGCGAAGACCCGCAGGAUUGCGAUCCUGCGGGAAAUCGUGAGGCCUCCAGCGCCCGCGGGAGAACCAACUGCUGCUGCGGAGACGUCGCCGGAUGACCAAGCAGCUACUGAGGAAGUACACGCAGGAACAGUGGCAGCUGAUGACCUACAGUUGAAGCCGCACGCCCGACAGCCAGUCCUACUGACGCCCGUGGAGUACCAGUUCCAGAAGGUCGCGGACGAAUGGAUUCGAGAGACUGAACGGUUCGCGGACGAAGAGAUAAGAUCGCUGUCCGCGAUGCUUGCGAAGCGGAUCCAGUACGCGCACGAGAAGAACGACUUGGAACCAGUCCCGAAAGAUGAUCCGAUGUGGGCUGAGAUCGAGCGUAACACGGCUUCCAACCUGUACCACACCGAGGAAGUGAUUCACAAGCGCAUCUCGGAAGUGCAGCGCGGGCUGCAGGUGUUUGGAAAACUGUCCUUCUUGCCUGAACACCAGAGCUUCUUUGUCACAGACGCUGGCACUGCUGGUAACGACGCGGAAGUGGUUGGGGCAGAUAAAGACGACGGCUCGGCAUUCUUCAACGCUAAAGUAGAUGAAGGAGCUGCUCCUGCUCUAACAUCCCCUGCAAGUACCACGUUCGCAACUGAAGACGCAGCUGCGCUGGCAAGGGAAGAACAGCUGGCAGAACAGACGGCCCGCGCAAACGCAACGCUGGUGCCGAAGACCACUAUUAGUCUCACCGCGAUUCCACAACUGCUGACGAAGAAGAUCCGGCGCACCGCGAUGGACAUUGGCAACAUUCGCGAUGACACACAGACCGCGGGCGCAACGGAAGUGGAACAGAUGGUGGAGUAUUACGAAAACAAGCUUCGAGAAGCGGUGGACGGGCCCCAAGACUACCUGGCGCCGCUGCGCGCGGCCGGUGAAUUUUUCAAAGACCUCACCGUCGACUUGAAGGAUCCUGCAACCUUCAUAGCCGCGGUGAUCGGUAAAGUUGCGGGCGUAUUAGCAGACGUGGGGGUAGAGGCGUUGAGACCGAUCAAGCACUUCUGCCCGGACACCACGAAGGAAUACGAAACACUUUCGGGAGCUUUGCAGAUGCAACGGGCCACGCAGGCGGCGGCCAUGGCCGCAGCCGCCAACGCGGCGGGGCCAGCGACAAUUACCCCCGCGGGGGCGUCGACCAGCGCCGGCGAAGAAGCUGCCACAGGUGCGGUCGCAGAGGAACAACAAACUCCAGGCGUAGACACUUUGUCGAAGGAGCUCGAAGAUUUGAAGCUCUAUUACCCCGGGAAAUGCGUGACAGAGGUGGUGAAAAAGUUUGCCAAUGCGGCCAAGGCCGGACAAACGGUGGUCAACGGGGUUGCGCCCGUGGCGGCAACGUUGGGAAUGCUGGUGAACGAACUAAUUGAUUUGCUCUACACGGCAGCCCAGUUUCUGGCGCUGCAGAACAUCAGCGAGGCGCCCGAGUACUGGGAGUACCGGGCCCGGAAACCCAAGAAGGAGCGGGCGGACGAGCGGAUCCUCUCGGAGAUGCAGCGGAUGGCGUUCAGCCGUACCCGCAAGAUGAAUCCGACCACGGACGCGGUUUCUGGAAAGAGCUACGACGACAGCUUGCCACCUAAGGGAACAGCCAUGGACAUGGCGUUCCGGGGUUUCUACCUGCAGAGGGGGCGGUACACCCCCGGGUACCGGGGGCACAUGCUGGAGGAAUAUGGAACCGACCCGAUCAUGACGCACGAACGCUGCACGAACGGGAUCUCGGGGCCGAUGGGCUACAACUUGAAGUGUCUGUUCCCCGCGUUCGGAGAGGGACAGAAGGUAGAUCGCAUGCCGAUCGAGCCCGGUGUGCUGCCGAAACAGAUGACCCCGCUGCAGCAGCGGGAAAACGCGGUUCGGAAAAGCAUUUUGGAAACCAAAACCACGGUGCCCACCAGUUCAUCGAGCAGUUAUCGCAACCCAGUGGCGCAACAAUACCUGGGGCCGGACUUUUCGCACGUUGUCCCUGCACCCAAAUCGAUGCAGAAGCAAGCCGCCGCUGCGAAACUUGCGGCGCGCCGACAAGCCAAGAUCGAAGAUUUCCUGGCAACGGAAGGGGAGCGCAUCCGCUCGACCAUGGAGGCAUCACUUCGGCCGAGAGUAAGUCUCGAAGACAACAGAUCGGACUUUCUACCCACACUCAUGCUGAACUAAAAAUGCACUUUACUUCUGUCAGCAACCGAUCGCGUUCGCCAUCAUGCUUCGCAGUCGCCGACGCCUGGCUGCAGUGCCUGAGGUGUAGUUACUCAGAAGCAAUUUACUAAGGAAGAUGAAGUGAAAACAUGUACGUAGCGCAUGUUAUUGAAAGGUUUUUGUACAAUGAAGAACCGUUCUUGUGAGAAGUACUCGAUAAGAUUUCUUUCUCGUAGCUGAACUUGAAGUAGAGUACUAGACGGACAACUCGAAACAGCCGGUCUUGGAACCUAGUUCAAGGAUACAAAACAAACACGACAAAGGGUACGUAUUGAACGAAGAUAUAUGAUAUCUUCGAAGCGACGUAACGUUUUUU